UUAGUUGUUUUGAUUGACAUUAAAAGUCUUGCGAUAAAACCUUGCGAUAAAACAGUUGUAAAAUUGAUUAAUAAUAAGAUCUAAUUAAUUAUUUGACAAUAAAUUUUUUAUACAAUAAUUGUUUAAUAUUUGUCACAAAAAAAACAUUAUGUUUCGGUCAACAAAAUUAUUAAAUCAUUUGCAAAAAGAGACUAAACUUUUGGCAAAUCGUUUCUCAACUGGUGGUCAGUUAUACAACACCGCCGCCAACGAUGUGGUCAUUGUAUCAGUUGCGAGGACACCGAUUGGAUCGUUUAGGAGUUCACUGUCACCAUUAAGUGCACCACAAUUGGGUGCCAUUGCCAUCAGGGGUGCCAUCGAUAGGGCCGGAAUCAAGAAUGAAGAUAUUGGCGAAGUAAUGAUGGGUAAUGUGAUGCAAUCGGCUCUAAGACAGGCCCCGACACGACAGGCCGCGUUAGGCGCCGGAUUGCCCAACACUAUCGUUACGACAACUAUUAAUAAAGUUUGCGCGUCGGGAAUGAAGGCCAUUAUGUUGUCGGCGCAGACACUUAUGUGUGGUCAUCAGGAAGUGAUGAUUGCCGGCGGAAUGGAGAGUAUGUCAAAUGUGCCAUUUUAUAUGAAAAGAGGUGACACACCAUACGGUGGAGUCAAACUUGAAGACGGUAUUGUCUACGAUGGCCUAACAGACGCAUACAAACUAAUACAUAUGGGUAACUGUGCGGAAAAUACGGCCAAAAAGUUGGGAAUUAGCCGCCAACAGCAGGACGAGUUUGCUAUCAAUAGUUACAAACGAAGCGCCAAUUCGGCGGCUAAUGGCGUGUUGGCCAAAGAGAUUGUUUCCGUCACUAUUGCUGGUAAAAAGGGUGCAAAAGACACUAUUGUAUCCGAAGAUGAAGAGUUCAAAAGAGUCAAUUUCGACAAGUUUUCCACUUUGCCUACAGUUUUUCAAAGAGACGGCGGAACUGUAACGGCCGCCAACGCCAGUACAUUGAAUGACGGCGCGGCCGCCACUCUACUCAUGACUAGAAAAUUAUGUGACAAAUUAAAUUUAAAACCAUUGGCCAGAAUCGUAGGUUUUGCCGACGCGGCUGUCGAUCCGAUUGACUUUCCAAUAGCACCUGCAUAUGCCAUACCGAAAAUACUCAGCAAAUUUAAUAUCAAGAAAGAAGAUAUCGCUAUGUGGGAGAUAAAUGAAGCCUUCAGUGCUGUGGUCAUUGCAAACACUCAAAUGUUGGACAUCGACCCGACCAAAGUCAACGUUAAUGGCGGUGCAGUUAGUGUUGGGCACCCGUUGGGAAUGUCCGGCGCCCGUAUCGUCAACAACAUGGCGCUGCACCUUAAGCCGGGACAGUACGGAAUGGCAGCCAUUUGUAAUGGAGGUGGCGGUGCAUCAGCUCUUCUAAUUGAAAAACUGUAAGAAUCUUUGGGCUAACCCUUUAUGGCAUUUGUUGUUAUGAAAUGAUUUUUUUACAAAAGUGUUUUUAUUUAGUCUAUAUUUUUUAUACUCGUUUUUUUAUUAUUAUUAAUAAAUAAAUU